GCGGUCUGCUUGAGAGAUUGGUAUGCCAAUCUGAUGGCUUACAUGUGCGGGAGUUAUAGCUCUGGAGAUUGUAUCCCCAGCAGUGAGCCAGUACAAUAUCCGCUGCUCGACAUCAAACCUCAACUCGCCGCAACCUCCUACGAACUCGAUUGCGAGCGCGACCCUUCUCCCCCGGGACCUAAACUACUCGCGGAACUAGACAUACCGGGGAAUUGGUCUGGGAAGGGGCAACAUGUCGAAUUCGCGCGGGAUGAAGCUAUUCCCUUAGAACAAGGGACACUCUUGGGCCGAGGAUCAUUCGCAGAUGUUUACGAGGUGAAAUGCCGGGGCUUAUCCAUGGCCAGGAAGCAAAUCUAUUGCACUCGACGCAUGAAGAUCGCGGACGUGAAGCGGGAGCUCGAUAUUCUGAAGAAGCUGAGUCACAAGCAUGUGGUGACGUUGUUGGGCUCCUACACACAGAACAAUCAGAAUAAUAUCUUAGGAUUGCUCUUGCACCCUGUUGCGGUUUGCGAUCUAGGCGUUUUGUUGGAUGAGCUGGAUGAGAACCAAAACCUUGCCUGGGCCGACUGUUCAGAAGACUUCAAGAAAUUGAUGGAACGCCUUGGGUUUCGGGACGACAGACACAAAAUGAGGGAGCGCUUGGCCAGGGUGUAUGGAUGUCUUGCCAAUGCUAUCCAAUAUCUUCACAACAGUGAUAUCCGGCACAAGGACAUCAAGCCACAGAAUAUUCUUCUGGACAGGAACGACGGUCUCCAUGUUACGGAUUUUGGGCUAAGUCGGGAUAUUACGGAUGCCUCUAGCAGCGCCACUGAUGGUAACGUGAGAGGGACUUACAAGUAUUGUGCACCCGAGGUUGCGAUGUUGGAACCACGAGGUCGAGCGGCAGACAUAUACUCCCUUGGCUGCGUGUUCCUAGAAAUCAACACGGUCCAUCGCCGACUUUCUUUGGGUGCGUUCGAAAAUUUCAGGACGAGGUACAACGAUCGUUCAUACCAGAACAAUCCCCAGAAAAUACAGGAGUGGAUGUCUAAACUCCGACAGAUCCGUAUCGACAAUGUUGAUAGUGGAAUCUUCGAUAUCGUCGACAUUAUCGAAAGGAUGGUUUCUCCUAUCGCAAAAGAUCGUCCUGCUAUUGGGGAUAUAUGUUCGAGUUUGUAUUUGCUGGGUGAUCUUAUAUAUUUCGGAAAGUGUUGUCCGUCACGGCGGUAUCAGGACGUUGUGGACAGAAGCACCAAGCUGGAACACGAAUGCGAGAUCUUGCGGGCGCAAUACGAUACCGAAAUGAGCAUCAUCCGCAAAGAUUGGACUGAACGAAUGGAUGAGAUUCGCUGGUCCCACGAAUGUGAGAAAGCGAUACUAGUUGAGGAACACAGAUCAGAAAUGGAUUCUAUGACCAAAAGGCUCUGAGAAACUGAUCAGCAGUGCAAGCCCCACCUAGAUGAGUUGGACUGAGCAUAUUAAAAUGGAUCUUUCACCAUCCAGCGAGAUCGGCUUCAAGCAUAGGACAACCUCAAACUUCUUCUAUGACACCUUCUAUCUCUCGUACUUAUACUCCCC